CCAGGCGGCUGCUCCCUGCUGACUGGGGUGUGGGCGGGGAGCGGCGGAGGGAGGAGGCAGAGCUGGCCGCCGCAGUUUGCCGCCGCUGCUGGGCGCCUAGGCAGAGCUCCCCGGGGUUCGUGCGGACGCCAUGGACGAGCAGGCGGGUCCCGGCGUCUUCUUCAGCAACAACCACCCGGGUGCUGGCGGUGCUAAGGGGCUCGGGCCUCUGGCGGAGGCUGCAGCGGCCGGAGACGGGGCGGCUGCGGCGGGGGCGGCCCGAGCUCAGUACAGCCUCCCCGGGAUCUUGCACUUCCUGCAGCACGAAUGGGCCCGCUUCGAGGUGGAGAGAGCCCAGUGGGAGGUGGAGCGGGCGGAGCUGCAGGCCCAGAUUGCCUUCCUUCAGGGGGAGAGGAAAGGUCAAGAAAAUUUGAAGAAAGAUCUUGUGAGGAGGAUCAAAAUGUUGGAAUAUGCUCUGAAGCAAGAAAGAGCCAAAUACCACAAGUUGAAAUAUGGAACAGAACUGAAUCAGGGAGACAUGAAGCCUCCAAGCUAUGAUUCUGAUGAAGGCAAUGAGACAGAGGUACAGCCACAGCAAAAUAGCCAGUUAAUGUGGAAACAAGGCCGGCAGCUGCUCAGACAGUAUCUGCAGGAGGUUGGCUACACAGAUACUAUUCUAGACGUGAAAUCCAAAAGAGUGCGGGCAUUGUUGGGCUUUUCAAGUGACCUCACUGACAGGGAAGAUGACAAGAACCAGGACUCGGUUAUAAAUGGCACAGAGGCUGAGGUUAAAGAGACAGCAAUGAUCGGAAAAUCUGAAUUAACGGAUUCUGCCUCUGUGCUGGACAAUUUCAAAUUCCUUGAAAAUGCAGCUGCAGAUUUCAGUGAUGAAGAUGAGGACGAGGACAUUGAUGGAAGAGAGAAAAGUGUCAUUGAUACUUCAACAAUUGUCCGGAAAAAAGCGUUGCCUGACCCCAGUGAAGAUGGCGACGCAAAGGAAGCCCUGAAGGAGUUUGACUUCCUCACCACGUCCCAGGAAGGCCAGAGUGAGUGUAGGAGUGCGGGCGACGGAACAGACUGGGAAAAGGAAGAUCAGUGUCUCAUGACUGAAGCCUGGAAUGUGGACCAGGGAGUGAUUACCAAACUGAAGGAGCAGUACAAAAAGGAGAGAAAGGGGAAGAAGGGGGUGAAGAGAAAAACUACCGAAGAUCUGUUUCAGCCUCUAUCCUAUAUAAAACAGUCAAAACAGGGAUGUGGGAGAAUGAAGAACCAAAGCCCAGGGCCCAAUAGGUCAAAACUACAAGACAUGCUUGCUAAUUUGAGAGAUGUUGAUGAGCUUCCCUCCCUGCAGCCAUCUGUUGGCUCCCCUUCCAGACCCAGCAGCUCCAGGCUUCCUGAACAGGAGAUCAGUAGGGCAGAUGAAGUGGAAGCGCUGACGUUUCCUCCUUCUUCUGGGAAGUCGUUUAUCAUGGGAGCAGAUGAAGCCCUCGAAAGUGAACUGGGGCUUGGAGAGUUAGCAGGCCUCACGGUGGCCAAUGAGGCAGACUCGCUGGCCUACGAUAUAGCAAAUAAUAAAGAUGCCUUGAGGAAGACGUGGAACCCUAAGUUUACGUUACGGAGCCACUUUGAUGGCAUCCGAGCCCUUGCUUUCCACCCCAUCGAGCCUGUUUUAAUCACAGCGUCAGAGGACCAUACACUGAAAAUGUGGAAUCUGCAGAAAACAGCCCCAGCCAAAAAGAGUACUUCUCUUGACGUGGAGCCUAUCUAUACGUUCAGGGCUCAUAAAGGUCCAGUGCUGUGUGUAGUCAUGAGCAGCAAUGGUGAGCAGUGUUACAGCGGUGGUACAGAUGGACUGAUUCAGGGCUGGAACACCACCAACCCCAACAUCGACCCCUAUGACUCUUACGAUCCUUCUGUUCUUCGAGGCCCUCUGCUGGGCCACACAGAUGCGGUGUGGGGGCUGGCCUACAGUGCCGCGCACCGGCGGCUGCUGUCCUGCUCAGCAGAUGGCACUCUUCGCUUAUGGAACACAACUGAGGUUGCCCCAGCACUGAGUGUGUUUAAUGACAACCAAGAACUGGGAAUCCCUGCCUCUGUGGACCUAGUGAGCAGUGAUCCAAGCCAUAUGGUAGCAUCAUUCAGCAAAGGAUAUACGAGCAUCUUUAAUAUGGAAACACAACAGCGAAUUCUCACUUUGGAAUCCAACCUAGAUUCAACAGCCAGUUCUUCCUGCCAAAUCAACAGAGUCAUCAGCCAUCCCACUCUUCCGAUCAGCAUCACAGCUCACGAAGACAGGCACAUCAAAUUCUACGACAACAACACAGGCAAACUGAUCCACUCGAUGGUCGCCCACCUAGAAGCUGUUACAAGUUUAGCAGUUGAUCCAAAUGGCCUGUACUUGAUGUCUGGCAGUCAUGACUGUUCAAUACGCUUAUGGAAUUUAGAAAGUAAAACAUGUAUCCAAGAGUUCACAGCUCAUCGGAAGAAAUUUGAAGAAUCAAUCCAUGAUGUAGCAUUCCACCCUUCCAAAUGCUAUAUAGCCAGUGCUGGGGCCGAUGCACUGGCUAAGGUCUUUGUAUGAUGUGACGCAUCAGCUUCACCUUCUAGCUCUUUAUUAAAAGUCAACUGCACAACAGAGAUACAGAAGACCAGGGCAAGAAUCAGCUCACCCUGCUGAAGGAGCACAGAGGACAUUUGUUAAAGUAUAGUUUUGCAAUUUGUGUACUGUUUUCUCAAGUUAAGGUUUGUUCAGGUUGCUGCAAGCUCAGCUGAAUCUGGGAACCUGAAAACUUUCAAAUUUCCCCCUAAAGAGGCACUUUUAUUUCUGAAGUUGUUCUCAUUCGCUAGGCAGGCCUGAGCGAAGCAGGUUUAGCAUCUCCCUUCCUGAUAAACAGGGCAUGCUGUAAUGGAUCAUUAGAGUUGGGUGGCUGGGAAUGAGUGGAGGGAACUUAGAUGCACUUUCCCCUGAGACAUCUGCUAAACAUAUUAGGUAGUCAAACUAGCCUGUAUCCACUCUGCUAACGCGUGAUGUAGAGUGGCCAGACAUUGUCCAAAUGAGCUCCGAACAGAGCUCUCCUUCCGGCUGGUCUCACGGAGGAUGGCAAAUUGUUUCACCUAGCAGCAGGAAAAGAUGCAGUGCUAUGUUAAGUCUAUUACUCAGAAAUGCUAAACAAGUGCUUAGUUUGUAUUACAACUUUGAACGUAGAUGUGGCACCAUUCUAAAGUCUAGCUGCCAGACACCCAUGAUGAACAGCAGUUAACAGAGCCUGCUUUUACUAAAGGGUUUUAACUUCUCCAGGUUUGAGAGUCUGUUUAUUUUUAAGGGCGAACAGGGAAUAUUCCUAUAAUAAUUUGUUUAAAAAUUCGCCUCAUUUGUGUGGUAUUUAUAGCAUUAGAGUGAUUUUUUCAUAUUGAUGAAAUUUACUUCCUAAUGACUGAAAAAGGAGAAAGCUGUUUAUUACCCAUUUCCCAGCACCCAUAUAAUUGGUUCAAAUAAUCCUUGAUGUUUCUUCCCUGCCUUUCACAUUUAUGGUUUCUGACACCUACCAUAAACAGUUUAAAUCAUUAUUACUAUGUUGUGUGGUCCUAAGCGAGUGGUUACCUCAGGCAGGUGCUUUCUCAGCCCUGCUUAAUGAAGUAGUGCUCCCUGGACGUCCUCUACUAGAGUCUCUAAGAACGGCCUGUGAUGCCUGGGGGCUCUGUCUGCCCACCCCAUUGUUUCAUGGGGACGCCCAUGUUAACCACAGUGAAUCAGUGCUGUGUCUGGAUAAAACCAUGUCUGAAAAUGGCAGUUUUCACAUUUAUCUGUGGCCCGUACGUGGUCAGCUUUUGGGAGUCUCAGAAUGCUACCAACUAACGUAGUGCCCUGCUGUGCAGACCUCCUACCUGUAACUGUCAGUCACUCUUCAUGUCCUUCACACUCUGUCUCUGCGAAAUGACAGAGACUAAUAUAAAUGUUAAAACGAAACUAAUGUCCACCUUUUCACCCAAAUGUAUAUGCCAUAAAAAUAUUAUACCUAUAAAUAUUAUAACCCAUAAUAAUGAUUCCAUUGCCACAGGCACGGUGUUUCUGGUGAUCUAUUCUUUGAAGUAGCAAUCUCAUGGUGAUAUGGGUAAUAAUUGACUUCUUAAAAAUUUCUGCUCAUCUGCCUUUAGAAUUCUGCAGUGUGCUGGCAAAUUUUCUUUAACAUUAUAAGACCCAUGCUAAAUUUCCCUGGUUGUUCUAUAGACAUGCUGUAUAGUAUUUUAAUACGACUACAUUUUAUCUUUGUGCUUUGGUUAACAAACAGGCCUAAGAGAUCAAUUGGUACACACAAGUGAAUUGAGCUAAAUGCUUAUGUUUCCACGCAGAUAUAGAAUUUUACACUGAUGGGUAAAUUCUUCCGUCCUUCGUAAAUUGAGCAAAAGGAUUUUCUAACCGGACAUUUUCAGACUAUUAGAAGAGCCCCGUUAGAAGUAGUGGAUUUCUGACCACAGUCCCUGCUAAAAUGACUUCCCAAAGUCUUCAGUGUGUGACUUUCUCUUCACAAUAGUCUGGAAACCAGGAGAGGCUGCCCUGUGCCUCAUGAUUGAUUCUGUGGGACGUAAUCCUAGACUAGGCGGAGUGUAAGACAAGUGACAGAGCUGUUGAAAGUGUUUAGGAAGUGUGCUUUGUGCCAUGGAAGACUGUACAUAGAAAGAUUCUUCUAAACUAGCCCUGUUUGCUACCAGCCUGGACAUGAGCCAAAGCUGUCUUCCAGCCAGAUGGUAGCACGGACAUUUCUCUGACUUUCCCCAUCCUAAUGAAAAUUCACAAAAUGAACAGUUUCAAGAUUCAAAAUCAUUGAAAUGAUUGCAUUCAUAAAUAUUUACCACAUUGUAAA